AGUGAUCGAUUCUUUUUUAAAUAAUUUCAGGAGUCGUCUAUGGGCGCCUUGGUCUAUUUUCAAAGUUUCUAGUUUUGACUUCUUUCAGACACACCAACUACCUAAUCGAUUGUUUCAUUGUAGCAGUUCAACUUAACUGGUCGCCAUUGAUCACCACAGGGCUGCUCCAUCCUUUCAAACGGACGGGACCAUGAAUGACGUGACUCACCAAAGGAUCAAAACAAACGGGAUAUGGCUGCAUAUAGCAGAGCAACGGACAGGACCGCUGGUUCUAUUGCUUCAUGGAUUCCCAGACAUAUGGUAUUCAUGGCGCCACCAGAUUACUUUCUUGGCUAACCAUGGGUACCAUGUAGUUGCUCCUGAUUUGAGAGGCUACGGAGACUCGGAUUCCCCACUCAGCCCCAGCUCCUACACUUUUAUGCACCUCGUUGGGGACAUCAUUGGCCUGCUUGAUCAUUUUGGGGAACAACAGGCUUUUGUAGUUGGACAUGACUGGGGAGCUGUUAUUGCUUGGCAUUUAUGCCUGUUUAGGCCUGAGAGAGUCAAGGGAUUGAUCAAUAUAUCUGUGCCAUACUUUGAUAGAAACCCGAAAGCCAAAUAUGCUGAUGCCUUGAUUAGAACAUGAGAUGGGUUUUACAUCUCCCAAUUCCAGGAACCAGGAAGAGCAGAGAGGGCAUUUGCCAGGCAUGAUUAUUUGACAGUGAUGAAGAAGUUCUUGUUGAUGACACAGACUGAUAAUCUGAUAGCUCCGCCCGGCGUGGAGAUUAUUGAUUAUCUGCAGACACCAUCAUGGAUACCACCAUGGAUUACUGAAGAGGAACUCCAGGUUUAUGCAGACAAGUUUCAAGAAUCUGGCUUCACGGGUGGUUUUAACUACUACCGUGCUAUGAACUGGAAUUGGGAGCUUACUGCACCUUGGCAAGGAUCGAAAAUCCUGGUUCCAGUCAAAUUCCUAGUAGGUGAUAAAGACCUGGGGUUUGAAAACGCUGGUGUAAGAGAAUACGUACAGGGUGAUACCUUCAGGAGCCUUGUUCCCAACCUGGAAGUUGUUAUUCUAGAUGGUCAUCAUUUUCUCCAGCAAGAAAAACACCAAGAAGUUUCCCAGGAAAUUCUUUCGUUUCUUCGCAAAUUUCCUGCAGAGUAGCAGACUUCUCUGGGUUUUCAUUAUGAUCGCCAUUCCGCUUAAGUCUUUAUUCUUUACUAAGAAAAGAAGGCAUUCAUGACUAGUUUUGAUUUAUUAUUUUCCUCUGUACACUUGUCCUGUAUGGUUAUGGACUAGAAAGGUACCUGCAAUUACCACAAUUAAAUCGGAGAAGUUAAUUUCAGCAUGGAGAAACCUCUAUGAGCA